GCAGGCCAGCAGCCACAGCUCCAGCUCAAGAACUUCCAUAUGCCGAGGGUGCGGCCCUAAAAAUGACCCAAGAAAAGGCAAGAAGAUUUUUAGAACUUACUUCCCUGGAUGUUUGGGAGAUGAACUCAGUUUGUGAAUGACUAAAGCAUCUGGGAUUGAACUUAGGCAGGAAGGGUGUUGUCAUCCUAAGCAGCCUGGCCUCAUGCUCCCCAGCCAGACCAAGUGAACGUCCCUUGCUCUCCAGCCUUGGUCCUUGGUCCUGGCUCCCUGGCCUCAGUCCUGGACAUACCAGAAGCCAGAGAUCAUCCAAGAAAAGAAGACACACAGCCUCCCUAGGCAUGAUCAGGCCAGCUCUCUCUCCUCGCCUGGUCCGGCAAUCCUAACAACAGUCCUAACACCCAUCCCCCUAGCUCUCCCCUCAGGUUUAGAUCAACCCGAACUUCACCCCAAGUCCUUAUUCCUCAUCUGCCCUAGCCGAAUUUGUAUGGUAUAGAGUCUUAAUCAGCCCUGAGUCCAUGACCUUCACUGCUGCUUACCCGCCUGGCCAUGUGCUUAUGAGGCCAGACAGCCGUAAAAGGUAGAACCCUGGGGGUUUCUGAUGUUACACUAUCCUUCCCCCCACAAAUCCCUCUGUCUGCUGGAAAAGGAAUCUUGCCCCUGGUCCCAGUUACACCAGCUUUUCCCACGUGGUUCUAGACUGAUCCUGACUCUGCUGUUGUCUUAUCCUCACAGAAAGUUGAGGAAGCGAGCGGCCAAAGCCUCGGCCCGACGCUCCAAGCCCCUUGGAAGGUAAUGGGGCAAGAGCCCCGGGACCUCCUGCUCAUUCCUGUGGCCCCAGGAGGUGGAUGGAUGGAAGGCAGCCUAUCCAUGUCCAUCCCAGAACCCAAGCUGAUGAACUAGGGAUAUGCCUGGAAAAUGGCCAUUGCAGGGGGGAGGGGUGGGCAGGGAAGGCAGGCAUGGGGAUGGGUCAGCUUUGAUCUCAGGAAGCACAAGGAGGAAAUAAUAUAGGAAUGGCUGAGGAGACGCCUCUGCAUCUUUAUACUUGCCCCAAAUUGCUUCCACUGCAGCCUCAGCCAUCUGAAUGCUUCCUCCUCUCCCCGCACUCCUAACCUCCCUUCAUUCACCCACAUUCCCACUCUCUCCUCCCUUUACCAUUCCUCUCACCCCCUCUGCCUUCACCACCUGCAUUGGCAUAACUAGAUUUCCCAUCACUGUGGCUGAAUCCAGAGAGCAGCAUGCGUUCCUACAACACAGCACGCAGUGUAUGUGGGGAAUCUGACUGCCUUCACUUUGCCCCUUCCCUUGCUCUGCAUGAAGGGUUCUGCCUAGAACCGAGAAAAAAAAUAACUUUUACCUUUACCAGGCAAUGGACCUGACCACUCUCUCCACUAACUUCUGUCUCAUUUUUUCAGACCAAUCACAAAACUUAAAGCCCAACCCAAACCCCGAGUGGGCAGGGGGCCAAUCCAGAGGCUGCUGGCCCAGCGGCAGCAACACUCCUUUGGUCUGCAUGGGGUGGCGUGCGUGGGCACGGAGGCCCACCUCUCCCUCUGCUCCCUGGAGUUCUAUCGUGCCAAUGACACCACCAGGUGCCCUGGGGGGGCCCCUGCGGUGGUGAGCUGUGUGCCAAGCCCUCUCUACGCAGCAUCCAGUGGCCAGAAGAAGCAACAGUCGAAGCCUCAGGGGGAGGCCCGAGUGCGUCUAAAGGGCGGCGCCCACCCAGGAGAGGGCCGGGUAGAAGUCCUAAAGGCUGGCACGUGGGGCACAGUCUGUGACCGCAAGUGGGACCUGCAGGCGGCCAGCGUGGUGUGUCGGGAGCUGGGCUUCGGGAGUGCGCGCGAGGCUCUGACUGGUGCCCGCAUGGGGCAGGGCAUGGGUGCCAUUCACUUGAGUGAAGUUCGAUGCUCUGGACAGGAACCCUCCCUCUGGAAGUGCCCCCACAAGAACAUCACGGCCGAGGACUGUUCCCAUAGCCAGGAUGCUGGAGUCCGAUGCAAUCUGCCCUACACUGGGGUAGAGACCAAGAUCCGACUGAGCGGGGGCCGCAGCCGACAUGAAGGGCGAGUCGAGGUGCAAAUAGGGGGACCUGGAUCCCUUCGCUGGGGCCUCAUCUGUGGGGAUGACUGGGGGACACUGGAGGCCAUGGUGGUCUGCAGGCAACUUGGACUAGGCUACGCCAACCACGGCUUGCAGGAGACUUGGUAUUGGGACUCGGGGAAUGUAACAGAGGUGGUGAUGAGCGGAGUGCGCUGCACGGGGACUGAGCUGUCUCUGGACCAGUGUGCUCAUCAUGGCACCCAUGUCGCCUGCAAGAGGACAGGAACCCGAUUCACUGCUGGAGUCAUCUGUUCUGAGACCGCAUCAGACCUGCUGCUACACUCAGCACUGGUGCAGGAAACCGCUUACAUCGAGGACCGGCCCCUGCACAUGCUGUACUGUGCUGCUGAGGAGAACUGCCUGGCCAGCUCCGCCCGCUCCGCCAACUGGCCUUACGGCCACCGGCGUCUGCUCCGAUUCUCCUCCCAGAUCCACAACCUGGGACGUGCUGACUUCCGGCCCAAGGCUGGACGCCACUCCUGGGUGUGGCAUGAGUGCCAUGGGCAUUAUCACAGUAUGGACAUCUUCACUCACUACGAUAUCCUGACCCCCAACGGCACCAAGGUGGCUGAGGGCCACAAAGCUAGUUUCUGUCUAGAAGAUACUGAGUGUCAGGAGGAUGUCUCGAAGAGGUAUGAGUGCGCCAACUUUGGCGAGCAAGGCAUCACUGUGGGUUGCUGGGAUCUCUACCGGCAUGACAUUGACUGUCAAUGGAUCGACAUCACAGACGUGAAACCAGGAAACUACAUUCUGCAGGUGGUCAUCAACCCCAAUUUUGAAGUAGCAGAGAGUGACUUCACCAACAAUGCAAUGAAAUGUAACUGCAAAUAUGACGGCCAUCGCAUCUGGGUGCACAACUGCCACAUUGGUGAUGCCUUUAGUGAAGAGGCCAACAGGAAGUUUGAACGCUAUCCUGGCCAGACCAGCAACCAGAUCAUCUAAGGUGCCAUCCUCUGCAAACCACCACUGACCCCUAAUGCCAUUAGGGGUCUGAGGCUGCCAUUACCUCAGGAGCUUACCAAGGAAUCCUUGAUGUCAACAGGCCCACAGCACUCAACCAGUGCAUGCUAUGGAUGUGGAACUGUCAAGAGGCAGAAGUUACUGCCCUCCUCCCUAGGCCAGCUGUCAGACCUGUGGCUAGGCAUGGGGAAUCUUCGCUCAGGCCCAGCACCAAGCCGAGCACGCCACAAAGAAGCACACCUGAUUAACUGACCGAACAACAGGCGGCAGCGGCUUGUUUUCUUAAAAAAGGAGGUCAGAAUGGUCUACACCAGUAUCUCCCCUCAGUUCAGGAGAUACAGCUUUACCUCUAGCCUUUUUUGUGGGGGGAAAGAGCAGUGCGCCACCCCAUGCCCCCAUUUUUUAGUAUAACAUGUUGCUAGGUAUAAUUUUAUUUUAUAUAAAAAGUGUUUUUGUGAUUCCUCAGAGCCCAGGGAUUGGUGCUGGUGGUUGGAGGGACCUGCCCCCAACUAGUUCAUUUAAUCCUCUGUCCAGGUGCCCUCAGAGCCCAAGCCAGGCAAACAAGGUGGAAAUCAGA